AUGGAUUUCAAGUCAGGCGACGCUGAUGAGGUAUUCUCUAUGGGUAAUUUCUCCAAACACGAUGAACUGGAAGAAUUUCUCCGUCGAUUUCGACCGGUGUCCGUGCCGAUCGAGGAGAACGAGUGCUCCACAGUGAUCGAAGGCAUGACGGGCAAAUACGCAGUUUUCAAUCACCUGCUCGAACAAGUAGAUAAUCGCAUUCUAUUCUUCGAUCCCAUUUUGUUCAUAGUUUGCUGUUAUCCACUGGAUAGGUUUGCUGCAAAGAGCAUAAACUUGAGAAGUGCGUAUGCACUUAUUUACUAUGCUGGAAACAUGGCCCUGGUGAAGGCACCAUAA